AGUGGAUCGAUCGAAAUGGCAGAGCAGAGACAUGCGGGUGAUGGAUCACAGAGAGAAUAUUCAGAUGUCUGUACAGCUGCACAGAAUUUAAUAGGUCUUCUGACCCAAAGCCUUGGUCAGAUUCAGUCAGCUCAGGGUCAGCAGCAGCAGCCACAACAACGACAGCAGCCUCCUGCUAUUUCUCAGCCUCGAAUAGAGCAGGAUAUGGCCAGAUCUUUUCCUGGGAUGUUUAAAAAAUCAAAGAAGAAAACUCCAAAUCCACAAAUACAUGUGAAAGCCACACCUUGGAAACCAUUUGCUGUUUCCAUAUAUUUAAUGAGCAGCAACACUGACACCUCACCCACACCUUCUGAAGAGCUUGAACUACUCCAGGCCGGACUAGGAAAACGGUUGAUUACAAUUUCAUCCAAUGUGAACCAUUCGGAUUUAUGCAAGCUCCUUGAAGCUGAAUUUCCAAAGAUGAAGUCACUUACUGGAGGGUGGUUACUUUAUAAGGCACCAGGUGGGAAUGGAAGAAGAAAGCUUACUGUUGUCCCUCCAGACUCAGAGGGUUAUACAGGCAGCCUUCUCAAAAUGGCUACCACCGCUGGAAGAACAGCACUGUAUAUGGUCCCUCUUCAAGAUGAGUUAUGUCUUGAUCCACUGCCAUUCUCAGCAGAAGAGUUUGCGAAGAUGCCAAAGGUUGAGUGUCGUACUUGUAAAACCACAAUGCCACUACCAGUUUUGUACUUGCAUGUUAAAUCUUGUGGUGGCUGCACACAGUCAGCUAAUGAUGAGACUACUGAAGAUGAUGAUGAUGAUGUAAAAGUAGUUGGUGAGAUUACCAGAGCAGUUACCCCUACAGCCCCAGCUUCUACACCUACACCCACCACUUCAAUACAAACUUGUUCUCCUACACCCACCACAAGUUUUGAGGAUGAGGGACAGUGUCCCAUUUGUUUAGACACAUUUUCACAGACAGAGUUGCCCAUGCAUGCAAGUGUUUGUGGAGAUAGUAUAUUACAGACACUGGAUUAUGAGAGCAGUCCUCCGUGUGGCACACCAGUACAGCAACACCAAGGCCCAGACAUGAAAUGUCCAGAUGAUGUAUUGCGUUUGUUGGCAAGAAGGGUAGAUGACAGCAAGGAUUUCAAGAUCUGUGUUUCUCGAACUGACUUCUAUCAAAGAGCUAUGGUGCAGUGGCAAAGACAAAAGAGAGGAACCCCGGGCAAUACUUUGCGUGUAACAUUUUUGGGGGAAGCAGGUGUUGACACAGGUGCCAUUUGUAAGGAAUUUCUUUCAGAUUUGAUUGGUGAGAUUGAGAAACACCUCUUUGAGCAUAGAGGACACCAGAGAGGGAAGAGCCCCAUCUACUCCCCAAGACUGCUGGAGAAGUGUUUUCGGUUAGUCUCGCUCAGGGUGGGCCUGCCCCCCGUUUCUUGA